UACGCAAAAGAAAAAAGUUGCCGGCCAAGAACCAAAUAUCUUCUGUAUCAUUUUGAACCUUACGUCGACUGUGUGUAUGUUGCAUCUCUCUCUCUUCAUUAAAGAUAUACUUUUCGAAUUGAGACACUAUGUAUGUUUGUUACAUAUCAACGUAAGAUCAAUGCAUGACAGCAAAGUAACGCAUGGGUUGUCACUCCCCCUUUCAACUUCCAACCACCACCAGAACUCCUCUCUCUCUCUCUGCUGUUGGUGCUGCUAAUCUUCUCCUUAAAUAUAGCUGCAAAGGAAGAAACUUUUCUUGGGGUUGAAGAAAAUCUAGAGAGAGAAUGGAGAGUGAGAGAAAGAGUAGCAGUCUCCGUGUUGUGAUGUUUCCUUUCUUUGCGUUUGGUCACAUAAGCCCUUUCGUGCAGUUAUCUAACAAGCUAUCCUCUCGUGGCGUCCGCAUUUCAUUCUUCUCACCUCCAGCCAAUGUCAGCCGCAUCAGAUCAAUGCUGCAUCCCUCUCCCACCUCGCACAUCGUCCCCCUUACCCUCCCCCCUGUUCAGGGCCUGCCUUCAGGCCUCGCCAGCACUUCCGACCUCACUCCCACUCAGUCUGAGCUCCUCAAAGUUGCACUUGACCUCAUGCAACCCCAAAUCAGGCAGCUUUUAUCUCAGCUCAAACCCCAUUUCAUCCUCUUCGAUUUUGCUCAAGAAUGGCUCCCCAAAAUGGCUUCUGAUCUUGGCAUCAAAACAGUUUUCUACUCGGUUUUCAUUGCUCUUUCAACUGCUUUUCUCACUGUCCCCUCUAGGUUGCCUGACCCCGGAACUUAUCCGGCUCUCGAACAAGUCAAGAAUCCACCUCCGGGUUUCCCUGCAACCUCCGUCGCUGCAGUUAAAACCUUUGAAGCCCGGGAUUUCCUCUACAUGUUCAAGAGCUUCCAUGACAGUCCAUGCGUGUACGAUCGUGUGAUUUCGGGCCUCAAGGGCUCUUCAAUUAUCCUCGCCAAGACUUGCAAUGAAAUGGAAGCUCCCUAUAUACAAUACGUGAAAUCCCAGUUCAAUAAACCGGUUCUUCUAGCCGGUCCAGUGGUCCCUGAGGGCCGGGGUGAUCAGUUGGAGGGGAAAUGGGCUGAUUGGCUAGGCCAGUUUGAGGCUAAAUCAGUCAUUUACUGCUCUUUUGGGAGCGAAACAUUCUUGAAUGAUGAUCAGAUAAGAGAACUUGCACUAGGGUUAGAGCUCACCGGCCUACCGUUCUUGCUAGUCCUGAACUUCCCAGCCAACGCAGACGCCUCAGCCGAGCUGAGGAGGGCGUUGCCGGAAGGGUUGAUGGAGAGAGUCAAGGGCAAAGGAGUCAUUUCAAGUGGUUGGGUGGAGCAACAGAAGAUUCUUGCUCAUAGCAGUGUGGGGUGCUACUUAUUCCAUGCAGGGUUCAGUUCAGUGAUCGAAGGGCUGUUGAAUGACUGUCAGCUGGUGCUGCUGCCUCAGAAGGGUGACCAGUUCUUGAACUCUAAGCUUGUGAGUGGGGAUUUGAGGGCUGGGGUGGAGGUAAAUAGGAGGGAUGAGGAUGGGUAUUUUGGGAAAGAGGAUAUCGAGAGGGCUGUGGAGAGUGUUAUGGUAAGGGUUGAUGAGGAGCCAGGGAAGAGUGUAAGAGGUAAUCAGAAGAAAUGGAGAGAGUUUGUGCUUGAUAAGGGUGUUCAGGAUAGUUUUAUUGUGGAUUUGGUGAAGGAAAUGGAGGCACUUGCUGCUAUCUCAAGUGCUUAACUAGUUGGAUAAUUCUGCCAUCAAUCAAGCUUGUUUGCACUCAACCAAUCACAUAAUUCUAAGUAGGCUUAUCGUAUUUUUGGUAUUGUAAGUUAAGUUGUUUGGCGUUUUAGUUUUUGACU